AUGAGCAGCAACAAGUUUUAAUCUUGCUUCUCAGUACAAACAUGGGCUAAUCUGUGGAAGCAGCUUAUUCCAGUGUCACCAAGGGUGCAGCCACACAAGGCUCUGACGAAGAGUCCUUUUCUUUUAAAUGUAACAUCUUGUCUUUUCUUCUUAAAAAGUACCUGAGCACAUUUACAUUACAGAUAAGCAGUACAUGGUGGAAAAUUCUACUUUCAAGAGGGCUUACUCUCUUCUUACAAGCUCUGCUCCUCUGUCAUACCUACUCUGUUCCUUAUCCUAGCCUGCAUCCCAUUCCAAGGCUCUCCUGGGUUACAGGACAACAAGACUACAGCAGGAAGCAAAAGGAAGUCAUAGGACACAAGACAACAUGAAGGAGUGUGUGCUCCUAGUAUUCUUGGCUCUGUGCUCUGCCAAACCCUUAUUUCGCCCUUCGUACAUGAUGCUGAAGAAUAUGAUGCUGAAGGACAUGGAAGAUGAAGGUGAUGCUGAUGCUGAUACUGACAACUCUCUUUUCCCAACCAGAGAGUCAAUUAACCCUUUCUUCCCAUUCAAUCUGUUUCCAACCUGUCCGUUUGGAUGCCAGUGCUACUCAAGAGUUGUACACUGUUCUGAUCUAGGUUUGUCCUCCGUCCCAAGCAACAUUCCAUUUGAUACUCGAAUGGUUGACCUUCAAAACAAUAAAAUUAAGGAAAUCAAAGAAAAUGAUUUUAAAGGACUCUCUUCACUUUAUGCUUUGAUCCUGAACAACAACAAGCUAACAAAGAUUCACCCAAAAGCCUUUCUAACCACAAAAAAGUUGAGAAGACUAUACUUGUCCCACAAUCAACUAAAUGAAAUACCACUUAAUCUUCCCAAAUCAUUAGCAGAACUCAGAAUUCAUGAUAAUAAAGUUAAGAAAAUACAAAAGGAAACAUUCAAAGGAAUGAAUGCUUUACAUGUUCUGGAGAUGAGUGCAAACCCUCUUGACAGCAAUGGGAUUGAGCCAGGGGCAUUUGAAGGGGUGACAGUGUUGCAUAUCAGAAUUGCAGAGGCAAAACUAACUUCAAUUCCUAAAGAACUACCAUCAACUCUAUUAGAGCUUCAUUUAGAUUUUAAUAAAAUUUCAACUGUGGAACUCGAGGAUUUUAAACGAUACAAAGAUCUACAAAGGCUGGGCCUAGGAAACAACAGAAUCACAGAUAUCGAAAAUGGAAGUCUUGCUAACAUACCACGCAUAAGAGAAAUACACUUGGAAAACAAUAAAUUAAAAAAAAUCCCUUCAGGAUUACAAGAGUUGAAAUACCUCCAGAUAAUCUUCCUUCACUCUAAUUCAAUUACAAAAGUGGGAGUGAAUGACUUCUGCCCAACAGUGCCAAAGAUGAAGAAAUCAUUAUAUAGUGCAAUAAGUUUAUUCAACAACCCAGUGAAGUACUGGGAAGUACAACCUGCAACAUUUCGUUGUGUUUUGAGCAGAAUGAGCGUUCAGCUUGGGAACUUCGGAGAGUAAUAAUUAGUAAUUCCAUUUAAUGUAAAAUUAAAAACUAUUACAUUUGGGAUACUUGAACUCUAUUAAUAAUGUUAGUAUUAUGCUCAAAAGUAAAAAUCUAUUCCCAUGUGGUACAUCCAGUGACUUAUUUUAGGACAAAAAUUGUACCGAUUGCAGUUUUCUUUUUUAUACAAAUGAUUUUGCAUAUAUUUCAUGUUUGAAAAUUCCUUCUCAAAAAAAAGAAGACAUUUCGUAUUUAACACUUUGUUACCAAGUAUAUUUUAAAAAGAACUAUACUGUAAAUGGAAUGUUUGACACUUAGUAAUAUCUGUGCUUUCAUUUGCUGUUAAAAAAAACACAAUUAACAAGGACAGUGACAUGCAGAGUGUAUUAUACUAUUCUUAUUUUUUCUUUAAUAACUCGGGCAGUACUGUAAUAUUUCUAAAAACGUUAAAGUAUGGUUUGAUAAAAUCAUUCAAAUAUUCAGGUCUUAGGGCCUGUCUUUAUGUUUAAAACUAACUCUUUAUAAUAAAACCUUCAGUAAGUGUUAUGACCAACUCCACAGAUGCUAUUCAUAAGAGCUGGUUUUUGAGCUAUAGCAUGUGCUUUACUUUUUAAAUUAUUAUUGUUCAAUUAUAAAAUCUCUAUAAAUGCAUAGUUGAGUGUUCAUAUAAAAUUUGUAACUCACA